ACACUCGAGAGACCCCCUCGACAACUCACCGCCAAGCUCUACACAUUCCCCCUAAUCUUACCCCGCCCCAGCCCCCGCACCCCCACCCCCCCGCUCUCUCUCUCUCUCUCUCUCUAUUCGCGCUUUUCGAACCCUAACAAUCCAUGGAAUCCUAACGCACUAGGGUUUUACCACACCGCCGAUCUGAUCUCGAACCGAUGAUUCCUCCCACAUGCUAACCUAACCCCCGAGCUCAAUCCAUGGAGCCGCCCUCCGCGGAGGAUCUCGGGGCCCCACCUGACUCGUGGGAGGUGGCGGAUUUGGACGCGAGCGUCAAAAGGCUGAUGAUCUCCUCCUCCAACAAGGACUCUUCUCCUUCCUCCUCUCCUUCUUCUCUGGAUCCGACGACGUCGUCGAGCUCCUCCUGUUCAGCUUCGGCUCAGAAGGUUGGAGGCGUUUCAGAAGAUGCUUUGGAUUCGGUGGAUGAGUUCCUUCGCGAAGCACUGCAGAAUCCUCGGGAGAGGCUUUCCGUUCUGAGGAUGGAACAAGACAUUCAAAAGUUCAUUCGGGAUCGUAUUCAACAGCAAAUGGAGUUCCAACAGCUGCCAACUUCCUAUUUACGGUUAGCUGCACAUCGUGUGGCCCAACACUACUCCCUGCAGUCGAUGGUUUUGUUAGACGAUAGUUUACCUGACGGCUCUGGUUCAAGAAUCAUUGUUAGCAAGACUUCUGAUUGUCGGCUUCCUUCUGUUCGCCUGGCAGAUAUCCCUCUAAACUUACCAACAGAAGACAGUGGUGUCACAAAGGUAGCUAUUAAGCAGAGGCCACAAAAAGGGUCACUCACGAUUACAAGAGGUAAUUCACCUUCUACAAAGAGCAAUCAUUUGAAAAGUGUGGAGGAGAGGAAAGAGGAGUACAAUAGGGCUCGUGCAAGGAUAUUUAGCUCCAGCAGUUCUAGUGGGAGUACUGGUGGGAGACCAGAAAGCGAGCCAAGGGCGCGGGAGAAUUACCAGCAUAAUUCAUCUGGGAUGUCAAGGGCAGAAGAGAAACCUAUUCCAAGAGGAUCUGAUGUUAAUGCCGGCAGAGGUGUGAAUGAAUCUUCCACAAGUAGCACUAGAUUAGCAAGAAGUAAGUCAGAGGUGGAGCCAGUUGGUAGGUCUAGAACCAAUACUAAUAGUAAGGUGGCUAUUUUCCGAGACCGUGAUGUUGAACGCAAAGACCCUGAUUUUGAUCGAAGUUAUGACAGAUAUAUGCAAAGAUUUGACCCUGGAUUUGGGUUCAAUGGAGGACCAUAUGUUGUUCAGCCCAUGUAUGCCCCAGCAGUGAACUACAAUACUGAAUUCCCGCAACUUGGGUCAGCCCAUGGGCCUUCAAUAUCUACUGAACACCAACCUCGGUUGCUCCCUCAACAUGUACCCAGGCAAUGGGCUGCACCAUCAGCCCCCGGUGGAAUUGGUUAUGGUCAUCCAGAUGCCAUGAUGACCCAAUUUAAUCCCAAUCAUGUUGGUGCACACCCCACCUCAGCUUUAUAUUGGCAUUCAGCCCAGCAUCCUAGUCAGCACCCUGUAUUGACGUUCAUCCACCCUCAUGAACAGGUUCACCAGCAUUUUUCUCAGUCUCAUCAGCAGCAACUUGAUUCAAGUUUUGGAUUAGCCCGGCCCCGGUAAGGGGCCUGGGCCAUGCCUGCACCCUGCCAGCUUGCUCUGAGCUCAAAAGUAUACAGGGUUGCUAACUUGCAGCCACGUGUUAGUUGGUUUGGCAGGCGUGUAGGCAUUUGCAGCCGAGGUUGGCUGGAGUGGAGAGUUCAAUCUUACGUGGUUCCGUCUUUGAUCUAUUCCACCAACUCGGUUCCAGUGGGAGCUUCACUGGUGUAUGAUGAGGCUCAUUGGUUGGCAGUUCCUUCGAUUAGUUCCCUGGGAGCCAUGCUAUGCCACUAGUGAUGAUGACGAUGAUGAAUGAAGUUUGGAAAUGAAUUUACCAGAGCUAUGCCACUAGUGAUGAUGACAAUGAUGAAUGAAGUUUGGAAAUGAAUUUACCAGAGCUGGGAAAACGUGUAUUUCUUUGGAUUAAGGUAUGCAUUUUCCCCUGAUUUGUUGGUGCUGUAUUGUUUUGCUGAACAAAUUGUCCUUUUGUAUUCUGGGCUACCACAUCCUAAGAAAUGUCACCUUGUCUUGCUAAGGCACCUAAAAUACUGAAAGGAAUGUUAAUGUGAGUGGUACUUUUUUUCUUUAUUUUCAUUUGCUUGGGAAAAAGAAAAAACUGGAUUGCAUUUCAGUGAAUCAAAGAAUUAGUACGGGAUAGAGAUUUGGAAUACAUGAACACCAUAGGAAGUGGAAAACUUACCUGAUCACUAGGUCUGCCUAAGAUUAAGCAUAACCUAGCAAAAGCACCUAGAGGAAGAAGAAUGUGGCGAAGAAUGCAGAAGGCUCUAGAACACUCGACAGAGAUACUAAAACAUGGGGCAUAAAACGAUAUCGAGGACUAAAGGCCGGAAGUGAAUAUUGCACAAGCAAACUUUAAGGCAAUGCCGAGAAGAUGUACCAACUUGCAGGCAUCCUUAACUUGAAACCUUUUUGAUUGAUAACAAGAGUCCCGUGUAACGCUCGGAGGUAAUUUCCCGGUUUGCUUUUGCAGUAUGGGUUGGAAAGAAGCUUUUGUUCCUAUGCCUUGAAGAAAUGACACCAAUAUGCAGCAUCUGCUCUGUCUGCAGGAGGGGGAGAAUGGAAAACCUAAUUGUUCAAGGAGCCUCUACGUAAGUGUCUUAUGGUGAAUUGAGUAGCCUUGGGUGUUCGGGGCAUAGCAAGACCAGAACUGAGUCAAGAAUGAGCUGGUCUUGCAUGUAGGAGAUUGAUUGAUGUGCUGAAAGCCUGAAUGGGCCAAACCUUGUCGGUCGCCAAAGUGGGCCAUUUUUGCCUUCGAGCUCUCUCUUGGAAAGCCCCUUGGAUACGUGGGGGAAAACUUGCUACUUGGCGGGGAGCAGACAUUUGUCGAUGGAACAGCUGUGGUUUUGCAGAACUUCUUCCUAAGCAAUUGGAUCUGACACCUCAAAAUCUUACUAUUUGGAAUUUAACCAAAAGCAAGUGAUUUCUCCCAGAGGGUUGGCCAUAUGCAUGGCUAGUUGGCUACCUUGAGAUGCUCUGUGGUGAUCAGUAAAAUUGAUCACACAAGUCUCGUCUCUGAUGUAAGUAAUUUGCUGUUUCAUUCCGAUACCCGUGGAUCAAACUCCAGAGGAGAUUUAAGAGCUUUCUUCAAUCAUAGGGGAGUGACACCCCUUAACCGGUAGCCAUUGGUCCCUCUAGUUUAUCUAUGUUGAACUGGAGGUGCAACAGUUUGGUGUGCCACGGCCAUUGCUGGCGGUCCCUCUAGUUUAUCUGUGUUGAACUGGAGGUGCAUCAGUUUGGUGUGCCACGGCUAUUGCCCGCUGCCGUCUUUGCUUGCUUUCAUUUAAGAGAGUCUCUACCUACUCCUAGGCACUUGGUGCGACGUCUGUCUUCUCUCAACCUGGCUCUGGUAAUCACUUGUCUCUGGUUUAUUGAGAUUCCAUUUGAAUACAAAAACUGUGAACUUGAUGAUGUCAUCUUUAGGUAUUUGGAAUGUGGUGUUGUAGAGAUUAGUAGAAUUUUUUUGUCUUUAAUUGUAUCUGUACGCUGUUAAUUUGGACGAGUGUGUUUUCCCAGAUUCGUUGCAGCUAUUGGAUUGUGAUAUGGGGUGGUGAAUUUUCU